CGAGUAAAGCCGAGAGAUGCGGAUCAGCUGACCGUGAGGCUAGGUCGUUCUGUCGUUCGUUGAUAAAACGUUUGUCAGUUUAGUGAAUCAGGAACCGAAUCAGUUUCUGACUGAUCCAUUAGACCGAACACCGACCGAUCGACCGACAUGCCGUCGCUUCUGUUCUGCGGGCCGAAGAUGGCCGCGUGCGGAAUAGUGAUCAGCAUCUGGGGGGUCAUUAUGCUGGCGAUGCUGGGAAUCUUCUUCAGCGCAAAGUCUGCUGUCCUGAUUGAGGACGUCCCCUUCACCGAGGAGGACAUUCGUAACGAUAAGAAUCCUCCUCAGAACAUCUACAGUCUCUACAACCAGGUUGGCAUCAACUGCUUCAUCGCCGCCGCCAUCUACGUAGCGGUGGGCGCCGUCUCGCUCUGCCAGGUCCGACUCAACAAGCGCCAGGAGUACUUGGUCACGUAAAGACUUGUAGCGAGGACGCGAGCCUGACCUCUGACGUCAGCAGCCGGAGGUCAUCUUUUGUCCACACAGUUUACAUUCUCCACACGACUGGGGUCAUGUAGAUGAUCUGAGGCAGGUGGUCAGGCAUCACCUGAGUAUUUAUUUUCAAGUUCAAAUCUUCCAUGUGUUUGUUGUUGUUGUUGUUGUUGUUGUUGUUGCAUCAUUCCUUUGAACAGGUUGUUCAUUAAAACAACCAAACGUUGAACCCCCGUGGCUUUAGAUCUCCUGUGUGUCAGACUCCUGGUGUCCUGCGUGGAUCUGAACCAAUCAGCUGAUGUUUGGAGGGGACGCCUUGACAGUAAACAGUCCCCUUCAUCAUUUUCUCAUCUUUAUUUUAACCCUCCUGAUAUUUUUUUUAGAAAUAAAAUGUUCAGUAAAAGAAAUGUUGGAGUUAAAUGUUCACAUGCUGUUUAUUACUGAAGCAACUGUGGAUCAAUGUGAAGAGUGUUUGUGACUAAACAGUGAGGGUGGAUGAUCCUCAGUAAUAAAGUGUGUGCAUGUAA